ACAGCAUAGACAACAUGGGUUAUGAAACUGGCAAAUACAUCCUGUUACAAAAACAUCGCAAAUGAUAAAUGAUUGAAGAGAGAGAGGGUGGUCUCUCAGCCUGAAAAAGGGUCUGGACCCAAAACGUCACCGAAUUCUUCUAUCUAGAGAUGCUGCUUAUCCCGCUGUUACUCCACAUUUUGUGUCCAUUUGUCAAGUGUUUCAUUGUCAUAAGUCACAGAUAGAACAAUGAAAUUCUUACGCAUGAUCUUUCUUAUAUGAUUAAGGAAAUGUUGAAUGGUUCAUUGUUAGCUGAGGGGAAGGUGACAACGAGGCUUACAGCAGCAACAUGAAGCAGGAGGACAGGGAAACUAGUCGGCAAGGGAGCAAGGGUUGCUUGCAGUUGGAGACUGACGGGAGAGAGAGAGAGGGGGUUGCUUGCAGUUGGAGACUGACGGGCACAGAUGAGGCGGGUCUGUAGCAGCAGAUGCGUGAGACGUGAUUUGACGCCGUGCGCCUGUGUGUUGGCGGAGCAGGUACGGCGCGAACGCAGUGCCUGGAGUUUCAUUUAACAAGGACUGCCACCCAACAUGUAACAAAGCAAGUGUGGAGGCAGUUUGCAACCAAGUAUGGACUUUUCGGGAAAGUUAAGACACACUUUCUUACUCUUGGGGACGUUUCUAUCUACGGCUGGGCUUGCUCUCGGGGCAUCUUUUUUUGGAGAGAGCUAUGUGCAUCUGAAAAUAGCAGAGGCCUCCAGCAAGUCGUCAUUAAGUUUACAAUUUCAAACCGCAAAAUCAAGUGGAUUACUUUUCCUUGCGGCAGGGGAAACCAAUUACUGGUUGGUGGAGCUAUGGUCUGGGCAUGUACAGGUAAAAUUGGAGCUUGGUUCUGGUGAAAAGGUUCUCCGCUCUGAAAGAGGGGUGGAGCUAAAUGAUUUGGCAUUGCACAUGUUGGAAGUACACCAUGAAGGUGAUGAUGUGACUCUGAUAAUCGACAAGCACAACACUAGUGUGAAGAUUCCAGAGCGCCAUGAACUUAACAUUCAACAUGGCAUUUAUGUAGGAGGUACUGGUGAGUUUGAUAAACCUUACCUGGAAGGAGCUGCAGAUUCAUUCCGCGGUUGCAUUGAUGAGGUGGUUUUCAACCAGUACGACAUCUUGUCCUCUUUGAGAACAUAUUCCGGCUUUAAAUUUGUUCAUGAGGUUUCAGCGGGCUGCAGUGAUGAUUUUUUUGCUGAAGACAGCGAUCCUAUCAGUCUAUUUAGUUACAAAUCGUAUCUUGAAUUUACUACAUGGAAUGCACAAGAGGAAGCAGUGUUUGAAUGUGCUGUAAGCACUGCUGAGCCAUUGGGACUGUUGCUAUAUAAUGCUGGCCAACAAGGUGAUUUUAUUACGAUGGAGAUUGCAGAGGGAUUGAUUCGAGUGGUUGUUGGGAAAUCUGGAAAGACGACACACCUCACUUCUCCAAGUCAAGUUAAUGACAACAUUUGGCAUUACAUUAAGCUGCAAGUGACAUCUAAGCGUAUUUAUCUCACUGUGGAUAAGGAAACCAUAAAAGCUACUCUGAGUCCUCGUGGCAAAAAUCUUAAGCUGUGGGGUCCACUGUUUAUUGGCGGCAUUGAUGAAAGCAACCGUGUUGAGGUCUUGAAGAUUGGUCUUCAGUCCCUUGCAGGAAGAAAAGCAAGAGGAGGAUCCUUCAGGGGUUGCCUAAAGGAUAUCAAAGCAAACUCAGAGAACAAAAGCUUGAAAAACGUGCUUGCGACAAAAGAUAUUUCAGCUGGAUGCACAGCGGUGAAAGAACUUUCUUCAACCGCGAAAACGACCCCUGCGCAAAUUCAAGUUAUUUCAACAACUUCCACUCUGCAGAAGGCACUUAAAUCCACAGAAAAGCCGAAGACGAAGAAAUUCCUGACUCUCAACAAUCUAGUAGUUGCAGAGGGAGGACAGGCAGCGCUAGAGACUAAACACAUACAAUUGAACCUGGAGUUCAGUAAGUUAGGUCUACAACAGUCACAAAUAGUAUUUAAGAUAGCAAAGCAUCCAAAGCAUGGAAAUCUGAAAUUGGACACUGAUUCAGAGCAUGAGCAGAAUUCAUUCACAUUGUCGGACCUCUGGCAUGAAAAAGUACUUUAUGUUCAUGAUGGAUCUGAGCAUUCCCAUGAUCAGUUCUUGUUUUCUGUCAUUACAAAUAACAUGUCCCCAAAACACCUGAAAGGAGACAAGCUGUAUAUUUUUAACAUUACUAUAACUCCAACCAAUGAUGCUCCAGAGCUUGUCCUUCCAGAAGGUAACAUAUUCAGUUUGCUAGAGAAUUCCAAGAAAUGUCUUGCCAGCAAUGUGAUUAAGGCCAUUGAUGUUGACACUAAUUCAACAGAACUUCAUUUCACCAUUCUAGGUAAUCUUAAUGCAAAUGCAGGAUUUUUAGAAAAUGCCAUUAAUCCAGGUACUCCUAUCAGCACAUUCUCCAACACUGAUCUGGAAGAAGGAAACGUAUACUACAUUCACCGGGGUGUUCGUACCUCAAGGAUUGUGUUGCGUGUCAGUGAUGGGGAUAGAGUGAGCAACACUGUCGUUUUGCGUGUAAUGGCUGUACCUGUGGAUUAUAAAGUAGUCAAUAAUACAGGUAUGGUAGUGAGACAGAGUGAUGCAGCCUUAAUCACCAAUUACAAUUUGUCAGUUGAAACUAAUGCAGUUAAUCAGGAAGUGGAAAUACGUUAUAAUAUUGCUAAACCUCCAACGUAUGGAGAAAUUCAACGCCUGCAUUCUGGUGGGGAAUGGAAGCAAACUAAUUCUUUUUCUCAGCGAUCAGUCGAUCGGAGCCGAAUACGAUACUUUGGCAUUUAUCAUAAAAUUCAGACUAGAAAUGUUACUGAUAUGUUCAAAUUUAAAGUUAUUAUAGGGAGCAAAACGAGUGAGGAGCUGGUUUUUCCCGUAACCGUGAAGUGGUUUAAUUUCAAGCUCCUAAAAAAUCUGUGGUUGAAGAUUAAUAAAGGGAAGAAACAAGCGCUCACCUCUGAGAAUCUCCACGCUGUCAUAGAAGGUGUUGGCAUCCCUGAGAGUGAGCUACGCUACAUGUUGGUGACUGUACCCAAGAGAGGACAACUUCUGAUGGAUAGCAAGAUAUUAACACAGAAUUCUUCUUUCAGUCAGAAAGAUGUAUCUGCUCAGAGGGUGGAAUAUGAACCAAUUGGAAAGCUUCAUGAAGACAAAGAAGACUUUUUCAGCUUUCAGCUUUCCUUCAAGCAAGUAGUAUCAGUAAAACAUAAUUUCCGUAUAUUUAUUAAAGCUGAUGUCAAUUCUAUUAAUUUAACAAAUAAUGGUCUCAAUUUAGCAGAGGGAGAAGGAGAACUAAUAACAAGAGCAGAAUUAUAUGCAGAAACCUUGACCACUAAAAAGUUCUUGUACUCUAUUGUACAGAGUCCCAGACAUGGCAAAUUGAAACGAAUCAAUCGCUCUGAUUCAACUGAUAGUAAUGAUAAUAUAACAUCCUUUACUAAUGAAGAUAUUGUUGGACAUCGUCUCAUGUAUGUGCAUGACAAUUCUGAGUCUACACAUGAUGAGUUUAUAUUUGAGGCCACAGGCAAUUCGGAAACUGGCUCUUUAUCUGCUCUAGGGUCGUUCACCGUAACUAUUCAACUAAAAAAUGAUGAGAAGCCCAUUCGUGUUGUAGACAAAGUGUUCCAUGUGGUAAGGAGUGGUCAACGGCUGUUAACCUCUGAAGAUCUUCGCUACCAUGAUCCCGAUUCGGACUUUAAUGAUGCGCAGUUGUUGUACACUCGCCGGGGUAUCUCAAAUGGUGACCUAGUUUCAGUAAAUGACCACUCCAAAAAACUCUUCCAGUUCUCUCAAGAAGACCUUGAGAAGAAACGUGUUCUUUUUGUGCAUCAUGGUGCAGACAGUAGCAGAUUUGUCUUGUUCGUUACUGAUGGCAAACACUACACAUCGUCUCUACUGGAAGUGAGAGCCUCUGAUCCGUACAUUCAAAUAGCCAACAACACAGGUCUUCUGGUGCAGAAGGGACAAGGAGAGUCAAUAACAACAGCCAAUUUCAGUGUUAAUACAAAUCUUUACAUCACAGACGAAAGUGAAAUUAUUUAUAGAGUGUUUCUGUUACCAAAACAUGGGGCACUGUAUUUAAAUGAUAUACGCACAGAGUCUUUCACACAGAAUGAUCUGAGGAAGGGAAGCGUCAUGUACCGACAUGACAACAGUAACAACCUUGUGGACAUUUUCAAUUUCACAAUAAAGGUCAAGAAUAUGCUGCUGGAUGGGGGUGUUAAUGUUCGUAUAUACCUGGAAAGCCAUCAGCGUGCUCCAAAAAUUGUGCACAACAGCAAUUUGUUGGUUGAGGAGGGAAAACCCGUGAAGAUCAGCAAAACAAAUCUGCAGGUGAUUCAUGAGGAUAAUCUGCCAUCUGAAAUAAUUUACAAAGUGAAUGUUGCACCUGCUCAUGGCUACAUACGAAGCUUUACAGAAACCGAAGGAUUCUACGUCGGUACAGAACAUAAUCCCAUCCAGUACUUUAGUCAACAAGACGUAAAUGAUGGCAGUAUCCAAUACGUGCAAGUGAGAAAAAAUCAGACAAAGGAUAUUUUUACCGUGGACAUCUCUAAUGGAAUAGUAGAACUGUCUGAAAUUCCUAUCAUGAUCGAUAUUAUUCCAACCCUGAUUCCUGUCAAAAUACAUAACUUUACAAUAGAGGAAGGUGCAUCUAAGGCAUUGACUGAAGACUUUAUAAAAAUUGCAAGUCCACAUUUUGCAGAGCUUAAUUUUGAAUAUUUAUUAAUAAAAGUACCAAACCACGGGCACAUAGAAAACUCCCAUUUUCCUGGACAGACUCUCUUGUCAUUUACUAGACAUCAGGUUGAGGAAGAGUUUAUUUACUACGUUCAUGAUGACAGCGAGAGUCUUUGGGAUAACUUCUCCAUAAUGGUGAACGAUAUCCAGUUAAGAAAACAGAGUUUGCUUUGGACAGUUUUCAUUAACAUUAUACCUGUGAAUGAUGAACCCCCCAUCAUUGUUACUAAAAAAGAAUUUAAAGUAUGGGUUGGCUCAAUCACAGAGAUAACAAAAAAUGUUCUGAAUAUAGAAGAUAAAGACUCGAUCCCCAAAGAAUUAGUUUACUCUGUCACUCCUCCUAGCAAUGGCCACCUUGCUCUAAAGAUGUCACCAAAUAAGCAUAUUGUCAACUUUACCCAGCUUCAUAUAAAUAAUGGUCAACUUGUCUUUGUUCAUAAUGGAGCCAUGUCAGGUGGAUUUAAUUUUCAGGUUACGGAUGGAUUAAACUUUACUCCUCGACAAAUCUUCACCAUUACAGCCGCAGCUUUAGUGAUAAACAUGGAAACAAAUAACGGUUUACACAUCUUCCCAGGAAUGUUACAAUUUAUUAAUUCCCAACAUUUAAAAGCUGUAACCAAUGAUGCCAACAUUGAAAAUCGACUCAUAACAUACACUGUGGUGGACUUUCCAAAGCUUGGCAGAGUUGUGAAGGUUGAGAAGGACAAUGUGACGCUCGAAGUGGCUAACUUCACCCAAAGAAUGGUUGAUGAGAAUAUGAUUGCAUAUGAGCAUACACACACUGAGGCUGUAAAUUGGAGUGUUGAAGACUCAUUUCAAUUUAUAGUGUAUUCCUCACCGGCCUCAUUGGAACCCCAGGAGUUUCACAUCAUCAUCUCGUAUGAUAUUGUUGGACGAUCCAGUCGUCUUCUUGCAAAUGCAGGCGCUACUGUUACAGAAGGUGAAAAAGUAAUAAUUGACAAAUUCAAGUUGGAUGCUUCAAACCUAAUGGCCAGACUUCCGGAAUCUCAGCGCUUGCUGUAUGAAGUAUGGUAUCAAGUGACAUCCUUGCCAGUGUAUGGUGUGAUUAUUGUUGGUGAGCGUAACAUUACCAAGCAGAAACCCUACUUUUCGCAGUUUAUUGUGAACAAGUAUGGGAUAGCCUAUCUGCACGAUGAUUCAGAAAGCCUUAAGGAUAACUUUACCUUUGCUGCAUGGGGAAACCUAAAGAGCAAAGUUGCAUCAAGGCCCUUGAACGACAGUGAAGUGGUGGAAGAGAUGUUCAAUAUUACCAUUAUUCCAGUUAAUGAUCAACCCCUGGAGCUGAAAAGCAAAGCUCCCAGUUUGAAGGUUAUGCAGGGUUACAAUGCUGCAAUUACUUCUGACCAUUUAAAUGUUGUAGAUUUAGAUAACGCUCCAGAAGAAAUUAAAUACAGCAUUAUCAGUGGACCGAAUAAUGGCUAUGUGGCAGCAUCAAAGAAUCUGAGUGGGUCGAUCAAGCACUUUACUCAAGCUGAUAUAAAUAGUGGUGAAAUCUGGUUUGUUCAGGAUGGAAGCUCAUCAUCUGCGGUGUUUUACUUCAGUGUCACUGAUGGCAAACACCGACCACUGUACAAAUUAUUUAAUUUUGAGGUUAUACCUAUAGUCAUCACGCUUAUAAACAACACUCAACUGGAAAUUCAACAAGGACAAAGUAUUUGUACUAUCACCAAUGAACACUUGGCUGCACAAACUAAUGGGAAAGUUACGAUGAUACUUUAUGAAAUAACUAGGCCCCCACGGGCUGGACACAUUUUACUUGGAAACAACAGGGUGACCUUGUUUGAACAGGACGACCUUGUAAAAGGACAUUUGGUUUAUCAUAUGACCAACCUUUCUGCAUCACAGGAUAGUUUUGAGUUCAUGGUAAAGACUUCUGAAGGUAAUGUCACUGAGCAGCUAGUUAGCAUUAUUGUACGGCCUCUACUGAAAAUGGCAGAAGACUUUAAGAUACCAUCUGGAACUACUUGCUAUUUUGGAACAGAUGUGCUUGAUGCAAGUAGAUUGGCCAACCAGACUGGAAGUGUUCCCAGGUUUGAAAUAAAACAUUUACCUAUCUAUGGUAGAUUUGUAAGACCAAACCACAUGGUCAGAGGCCACAGAGAAGCCACAAACAUUUUUACUCAGAAAGACAUUGAACUAGGUCUUGUUCUGCUUGAGGUUGAAGCCAAUAUGACAGGAAUAGACUUGUUGAAUGAUUCUUUUGUAUUUAUUUUGACUGCAAACGAUGUCCAACCAGCGGAGGGUGUCUUUCUCUAUAGCAUUAUCCCGUUUAAUGGUUCCACAACACUAAACAACACAUGUGAAAAUCCACCACCUCUCGAUUCAUUUACAUCAGUUGCAGCAACUUCAGGAAGUUUACGACUUGGAGCACAAACAGAGGUUCCCACUCUCAAGCCUACUACAAUUAUGCUACGGUGGCAAGACAAAUCACACUGGGAAAAUCGUAAGAGUAAUGCCUCUGUCCCAGAUGUGACAUUGAGAGGUUAUGUGCCACGGGUAACAAUAGGGCCAGUCGGUGCAAAACCUGUUGCAAAUCCCAUUCGCAGUUCCAGGUCUCUGUAUAUAAUUCUGGCCCUCUCUUUUCUAGCACUUUUGAUCAUCGUUAUCUUUAUUGUGAUUUUGAUAAAACAAAAGAAGAAACCAAACCGCAAACCUUUAACAACUAAUUGUCCUAAUAACGGUGGCAUAAACACUACGAGCUUUCUCCCAGUAGAGAGGAGCCCAACAGUGCCGUCUGUCACCGUCACGCACCUUAAUACUGGUAAUAGCAGCAGUCCCUCAUUGGCAGACAGACAGAACCAAACUUCCUCAACAGCCUCCAAGUCAAACGAAACCGCGACUUUACUUAAUAACUGUAAACAGAUUGAUGCAGAAAUGGUACAGCAUUGUCGUACGACCAAUCCAACCUUGAGGCACAAUCAGUAUUGGGUUUGACAAGGUAACAAACCUAUUUCUAAUAGUAAACAUUGCAAAGCAAACUUUAUUCAGUUGGAAUCUCAAUUUGGUGUUCAUUUUUACAGAAAAUGGCCAGAACGUAAAAGUGACAACAUGACAUCUUGAAAAUUAUGUUUUCCACUGAAGUUUCCAAAAUAUUUAAAACGACAGACGGAUAUAAUUGUCCAGAUAUUAAGUCAAUUUGCAUGAUUUAUGAAUUUAUGCAUGAAACAUCUACAAAAAACACAUUGUAUGAAUGAUUAGAAUUGUUUGUGCCUAUUUCCUGUUGCAUUUCUAUCCAUCAAAAAAUUGGACAGGACACAUGCUGUUACUAUCCACGCUAAUACAAGUAUUACUUCACUGUCAUAUUUUGCUUACAUGAUAUGUCUUCAAUAUGCACACCCUCCAUUCAUUAGUUACAGUAGAAAUCAGAUCAAAAGAUCUUGACCUAUCACUUAUUUUUGGUCUGAAUAAAGGAGGAGCACUUCGAGCUGAAAGUGUUGAAUCUUGCAUUAGGGUAAAGUGGAUGGAUAUCUUCAGGUUAUAUUUGCCUCAACCAGCAGUACUAAGCUGCUGCUGUGGCUUGGGGUGCGAUUGGUCUACUGCACAUUGGUGGGAGGAAGACUCGCAUAUGGACACAAUAUGCCAUUACACCCAUGCUCCCCUUUUCUCAACACCUCUGUGGUUUGUAACAAUCCCCCAUCUCUAUGACAGCCUGUGCCAAAAGUCUGCUUGAUCGAGCAGGUCAAAUUAUAAUGAUUCUUAAAAUGAGGAGUCGUAGAAUCAUAGCUAUAUAGCACAGAAAAGGGCCCUUCGACCCAACUGGUCCCUGCCAACCAAUUAGGUCUGGGUGACUGGAGCUAGUUCUAUUUGGUUAUAUAUGCCUCAUACACCAUCCAAAUGUUUUUAAAAUGUCUUGUAAUUGUACCUGUCAUAAAUUCCCUUUCCCAUUCCCAUACUGACCUUUCUGUCCUCCUCCACUGUCAGAGUGAGGCCAAACAUAAAUUGGAGGAACAGCAUCUCAUAUUUUGCUAGGGCAGCUUGCAACCCAGCUGUAUGAAUAUUGAUUUCUUUAACUUCAAAUAACCCUUGCAUCCCCUCUCUCUCCAUCCCUCCACACCCUAGUUGUCGUACUAGUUUUACUGUCUUCAUGUUGGUUCUUCUGUCUGUAUACUCGCUGUCACCUAUCCCACAGUUAACAAUGGCCUAUUGUGUGCCUCACAUUUCCUUGAUUAUCAUUGCUUUUUGUAUAUCUUCCAUUCAUUUCUCUUAAGUACUGCCUAUAUCUCUUGUUCCUCUUCCCCCUGAUUCGCAGUCAUGAAGAAGGGUCACAACCUGAACGUCACCUUUUUUUCCUCUCCAGUGAUGCUACCUGACUCGCUGAGUUACUCCAGCUUUUUGUAUCUAUCUCCUCUGGCUGCUCAUUCCAGAUAUCCCCCACCCUCUGUAUGGAAAAAUUUGCUCCUGGGUCUAUUUUAAAUCUUUCCAUUCUCACCUUCAAUAUAUGCAGUCAUGUUUUAGACAUCCCUACCCUGGGACAUCCCAGUCACCUUUUUUUACGCCCCCAAAGAGGCCAUUGUAAUUUAAUUUUAGAGCAAAAUUGCACAAGUUAAGCAAUAUUUUGGUGUCCUUGGAUUUCUCAAAGUUUUUCCAAGUAAAUAUUGAUUUCACGAUUUUUAAUGAAGGUCUAAAAUCACAUACCUUUCCUAAAGAUUGUCUUUCUUAGUAACUUUGUUUACCAAGCAAAUGACAUCCUGAUGCCAUUUCAUUGUUUAGAUUUGCUUAAUUGAACCACUAUGUAAUUCUGUGUGAUCCAUAUGGAUAAGUAGCAGAAACCUGAAGCCACGCGCAGAGCGAACCCUCGGCUCUGGAGGGAGGAGUCGAGUGUCUCGUUGUGGGAGGUGCAGGUCACGGGGCUCCCAAGGGAAUAUUUAUGGUCAGGCAACGCCCGUGCCCUUUUGUAGGAGUAGGGAGCAGUACUGUGAGAACCAUUAAAGACCGAUUGAUUACACAAACUUUGUGUCCCAUUUCAUUCCUGGCUGGACUUCUGCGAGUCCCGCCACAUUGGUGACGCCGACGUCCAGAAUUGUCAUUCUGGAAGAGAAAAUGCGCCCCGCUAACGCCUAACGCGUUGUUGCCGCCGACCAGGCCGAAGUGAACGCAGUUGCCUUGAGGUUACCAACCUUCUGGACCUUGCAGCCGCAGGUAUGAUUCCGGGUGGCCAAGUCCUAAUUCCAUAUCCGCGGGGUGAUGAUCGUCGAAACCCGUUAUCACUGCGUCAUGAGUGCACUCGACCAGGAAACAGUCGGUCAGGUGAUGUUGUUCCUGGACAAUCUGCCAGCGGUGAAUAAAUAUGAAGGUAUUUAGGAGCUGCUGCUCCGUGCCUUCGGGCUCAGCCGCCUGGAGCGAGCAGCGCGCAUACUUAACAUGGGCGGUUUCAGCGACCAGAAGCCUUCGGCCCUCAUGAACGAGAUGCUCACGCUCAUGGGCGAGCGCCGGCCCUGCCUACUUUUAGAAUACAAGUUCCUCCAGCAGAAGCCGCGUGACCAGGCAGCAGGAAGUGGGCGCAUAAGAAGCUGAUACAAGAAUGUGGUGUUUCUACCACCUGCGCUGGAGUUCAGCAGUCUGCCAAUGCUGUCCGAAUGUUCGUUUCCAGGAAACGAUGGGGCCCGCCGCCGAUAGUCACCGCGGUGGUCAGCAAGAUCCAUCGCAUGGGAUCGGCGAUCGGGCAUGUGUCGCGGGAUCUGGCAUAUCCAGAGGACAAACGAUUGUGUGUGGUAACACAUUUCAAGUCAAGUCAAGUCAAGUCUAUUUGUCACGUACACAUACGAGAUGUGCAGUGAAAUGAAAGUGGCAAUGCUCGCGGACUUUUGUGCAAAAGACAAACAACCAAACAAAUUAUAAACACAAUCAUAACACACAUAUUCUUUUACACACCACUACCUGAGAGUUACGGAGAACCUCAGAGGCUCAGAACAAUCGGUCCUCAUCAGCCUCAAAAAACCACACCACAAGGUGUCAACACAAACUAUCUCCAGAUGGUUAAAGGAGGUAAUGGUGGUAGCGGGAGUAAACACUCAUCUUCAAAUCUCACUCCAUCAGGGCUGCAUCUACAUCGGCAGCAAGAACGAUGGACGUACCCCUUGAUGACAUCCUAGCGGCUGCAGGAUGGGCGAAUGAAAGAACGUUCCAACGGUUUUAUAACAAACCCAUAACUGGACCAGGGGUAUUUGCUCAUGCCAUCUUAAGUUCUGUUACCUAGGUUUCCCCCAGGUUGGGUGGGGGAGCUAUUAAAAAGAAAAUUAUUUUCUUUAAAGCAUCAGUGUCUUUACAAACUACGUUAUGUCUGAAUGCUUUAAUAAUACUCUCAUCCAUGGUCAAUCCAUUCAGUGUGAGACGCCUUGAUUCGUAACCGGCGUGAAAUCACAGAGCUUUGAAAUCUUCACGUAGUCACUCACGUGACUCCGAAGUAAAACAGUAAGAUUAAACGAGAACUUACCAGUUUGAAGUUUGAUCUUGAUUUUAUGAGGAGUUACGAUGAGCGAUUACGUGCCCACCGCUCCCACCCUCAUACUAUCAAGGUCAUAUAGAAGUUCUUCACAAUCUUACUAUUCUCAGGUCUUCUCUUUAUCUGUGAUUUAACACCGCUGCUUUAAAGAUUGACGCGCACGCAGACGGACGGCCCUUCUUCACGUAAUCGCUCAUCGUAACUCCUCAUAAAAUCAAGAUCAAACUUCAAACUGGUAAGUUCUCGUUUAAUCUUAUUAUUAUAGACCUGUUAGUUUGACCUCAGUGGUGGGCAAAUUAAUGGAAAGGAUACUUAGAGAUAAUAUAUAUAAGCAUCUGGAUAAACAGGGUCUGAUUAGGAACAGUCAACAUGGAUUUGUGCCUGGAAGGUCAUGUUUGACUAAUCUUCUUGAAUUUUAUGAAGAGGUUACUAGGGAAAUUAGUUAGGGUAAAGCAGUGGAUGUUGUCUAUAUGGACUUUAGUGAGGCCUUUGACAAGAUUCCUCAUGGAAGGUUGGUUAAGAAGGUUCAAUUGUUGGAUAUUAAUGCAGGAGUAGCAAGAUGGACUCAACAGUGGCUGAAUGGGAGAUGCCAGAGAGUAAUGGUGGAUGGCUGUUUGUCAGGUUGGAGGCCGGUGACUAGUGGGGUGCCUCAGGUAUCUGUGUUGGGUCCACUGAUGUUUGUCAUAUACAUCAAUGAUCUGGAUGAUGGUGUGGUAAAUUGGUUUAGUAAGUAUGGCAGAUGAUACUAAGAUAGGUGGUGUUGUGGAUAAUGAAGUAGAUUUUCAAAGUCUACAGAGAGAUUUAGGCCAUUUGGAAGAGUGGGCUGAAAGAUGGCAGAUGGAAUUUAAUGCUGAUAAGUGUGAGGUGCUACAUCUUAUCAGCAUUAAGAUGCUACAUCUUGGCAGGACAAAUCAAAAUAGGACGUACAUGGUAAAUGGUAGUGAAUUGAGGAAUGCAGUUGAACAGAGGGAUCUAGGAAUAACUGUGCAUAGUUCCCUGAAGGUAGGGAAGAUUCAAACAAGAGGACAUGACUUCAGAAUUAAGGGACAGAAGUUUAGGGGUAACAUGAGGGGGAACUUCUUUACUCAGAGAGUGGUAGCUGUGUGGAAUGAGCUUCCAGUGGAAGUGGUGGAGGCAGGUUUGAUUUUAUCAUUUAAAAAUAAAUUGGAUAGGUAUAUAGACGGGAAAGGAAUGGAGGGUUAUGGUCUGAGUGCAGGUAGAUGGGACUAGGGGAAAAUAAGUGUUCGGCACGGACUAGAAUGGCCGAGAUGGCCUGUUUCCGUGCUGUAAUUGUUAUAUGGUUAUAUAAGCCCCUUGUGUUCUCCAAGUUCUCGGAUCCUUGGUCCGCCCACCAGCAGCGCCAGCUCGCGUCAAUUUCGGAGUUCACCACUGACAUCCGACACAUUGCCGGUAAAUAUAACCUGGUUGCGAAUGCGUUGUCCCGCCUGGUUAUCACAGCCAUUCUCAACGUGGUUUCCGGAACUGACUACACCGCCUUGGCUGCGGUGCUGUUGGUGGACGAGGAGAUGCUGGCAUAUCGAACUGCGACCUCGGAUUUGGUGCUCAAGGACGUGCCGUUGGUUCCCUCGGGCAGUACUGUGCUGUACGACGUGCCCACGGGGCAGCCGCGGCUUAUUGUUCCGGCAGCCUAGCGCCGUCGCAUUUUUGACGAAAUUCAUGGGAUUGCCCACCCACCUAUCCAGGCCACGGUGGUGAUUGUGGCCGCGAGGUUUAUACGGCACAGGUUGCGGAAGCAAGUCGGUCGCUGGGCCCGGGCAUGCAUUCCGUGCCAAACAUCAAGGGUACCUCGGCACAUCCGGGCACCGGUUCACGAAUUUGCAGUGCCUCGCCGACGCUUCGACCACGUGCACGUGGACAUCAUGGGGCCGCUGCCUCCAUCCCGGGUGUUCUGGACCUGCUGACGAUGGUGGAUCAUUUUACACGGUGGCCGGAGGCCAUCCCGCUCAUGGACACAUCUGCCCAGCCGUGCCCUCGUGGCCAAUUGGAUUCCCCACUUCAGGGUGCCGCUGGGCAUCACUUCCGACCGGGGUGCCAGUUCAUGUCCGAACUGUGGUCUGCAAUGACCAAUCUGCUGGGGACACAGCUCCACCAUUCGACAGCAUACCAUCCCCAAUCGAAUGAGUUGGUGGAGCGGUUCCACCACUAUUUAAGGACGCCUUGAAGACCCGCCUCACGGGCCCUGAAUGAAUGGACGAGUUGCCGUGGGUCCUGCUCGGAAUUCGGACCACCCCGAAGGAGGAUUUAUCAUCGUCCUCGGCAGAAUUAGUUUAUGGUGCUCCGCUCACCGUUCCCGGGGAGUUUAUCCCGGUCGCUGAUGGGUCCCGGGAGCCGCCGUCAUCUUUGUUGUGUGCUUGCGGCAGAGGGUCAACGCCUUGUCUCCCAUCCCGCGUCUCGUCAUGGGGUGGCUCCAUUCCAUGUGCCACCAAUGCUCGCGGACAGUCCUUGCGUCUUUCUGCGCCACGACGCCCACAGGUCGUCCUUGCAGCGCCUUUAUGAGGGUCCCUUUCAGGUGCUGCGGCACUGGCAAACGACGUUUGUUUUAUAUCGAAGUCUUGUGAUGAGACUACGUGAAGAACCCACCAGCCCGCAUGCACCUCAAUACGUCGACGCAUGGCGCGAGAUUCAGAUGGGGAAUGGACGUCAGGAUUCCCCAGCGAUACAGCUUUAAAAGCCGGAAGAUAAGCACACGGAGAAUGGUCGACGUUGGUUUAAGUCCCAAGAAUGGAGAAACCUAAAACCAAAGGCAAACGUGCAGCUGAAUAGUCAGCAGCAGAUAACCGCGGCGACGGGAGAGGUCGGUGGCCGUCGGUAUCUAUCUCGGAAACGCUGGCAGGCACAGCCUGCACAGCAACCUCCGCUUCAGCUCCAAAAGGGAGCAGUUUGGUAACCCCGAGUUUGGGGAAGGCCAGGCCAAAUCGGCAAAAAAUGUCCAAAAGGACAAUUCUGGGCAGGAAGGUACCAACUCAACGUCCAUUGAGGAUAUCAUCUGCCGGCUCUCAAAAUUAGAAAAACCUGAUUGAGAGGCUGGUGGAAGGGAAUGUGCUCCGUACACAGUUCCAGUCAGAUGCAUGCGGCAGCAGUACCUGGUUCAGGGUUACAUUAUAAUAUCUCCCGCUCAGAGGAGGGAAGUGUUGAGGAUUAUUACAUGGUUGACUCUGACUGUGGGGAAAUCGACAAGGAACUCGAAUCCCCUGAACAAGUGGAUGAUAAAGAAACAUAGAAAAUAGGUGCAGGAGUAGGCCAUUUGGCCUUUCGAGCCUGCACCGCCAUUCAAUAAGAUCAUGGCUGAUCAUCCAACUCAGUAUCCUGUACCUGCCAUCUCUCCAUACCCCCUUUUGCUUUUGGCACUUAUUUCAGCGCAAAGAGCUCAAUCUUUGCACAAACACUGUCUGGAUAACUCUGUUGUAUCUGACAAGAAAGUGUUAUUUUCGUGAUCACAUUCUCGCAACGCCAGGAUGGUCAGAUGAACGCACGUUUCGGAAGUUUUAUAAUAAACCGAUUAACAGAACUGGGCAAUUUGCAGAUAGAAUUCUGGUUUGUGUUAAUUAAGACAUUUGUCUAACCCGAUGUAAUGGGAUUUUGGUUUGUUAAGGGCGAUAUACAUGUAUGUAUAAUUAGCAUCAUGUUUGAAUGGCCUAUGUUUUUCUUUCAACCAUUUAUGGUUUAUCUGUGUAAUGUGUUCACAUACAGAUUGGUUUACUGCAUGAAACUACAGAGCUUCGAAGGCUUCACGUAGUCUCAUCACGAGACUUUGAUAUAAAAUAGAAAGAUUAAACGAGAACUUACUAUUUGAAGUUUGAUCUUUAGUUUAUGAGAAGUCGGAGUGAGAGACUACGUGCCCUCCACUCCCAACCCUGAAUCUCAUAAAGAUCAUUCGGUAAGUGAAGGGUUAUUAAUCUUUCUAUAGUUUAAUUUGGUGCAAGUGGUCUGUGGUUUCAUACAAUUGCUUCGAAGUUUGACGCGCAUGCGGGCUGGCGGGUCGUCAUGUGAUGGCACCUGGUGGUGAACCAGGCACAGAGCGAACCCUCGGCUUUGGAGGAAGGAGUCGAGUGUCUUGGUGUGGGUGGUGCAGGUCACGGGGCUUCCCUGGGAAUAUAUAAGGUCGGGCAACGCCUGUGCCCUUUUAUAGGAAUAGGGACCAGUACUGUGAGAACCAUUAAAGGCCGAUUGAUUACACAAACUUUGUGUCCCGUUUCAUUCCUGGCUGGACUUCUGCGAGUCCCGCCACACAGGUUAUAAUUCCAUCACCUAAAUAUUCACCACUUUAUAUUUUAUGUGGAGGGUUAUGAAUAAGGUAAAUAAAAAGUGAGAGACAGACAUGAACACACAUAGAACCUCCUAAACGUUUUAUCACUUCUUCAGUACAGAGUAUCAGAGUAAGAUUCAGUCGAACGCACAGCAAAAGACCCUCUGGCCUAAUUCAGUAAAAUGGAAUAACUUCACCAUUAUAAAAAAAAAUGCUUUUCACUUUCAAGUGACAGUGUACUUGAAGCAACUAAAAUCAAUUGUUUUCCAUUAAACAUGGUUGAAUAUGUUGGGAAGAAACAGUUUACUUUUAGUUACACAAUAAGAAUAAGUUUGCGUUUUAAGUAAUAGAUAUGAAAUUCCUGAGAAACUUUAAUUGUAAGUUAAACACCUGCAUGAAGUAACAAAAUAGUGUUUUUUUUUUUAACUAAAUUUUUGCUAGAAUUAGUAAAAGCAGAUCUUCCUACAAAUGAGUAAUGGAUUUUUUAAAAAACUUUUAACACAAUCACCAACCUUUCAAUGCACAAUUGUGUUAAAGUGAUUAAAGGACUGCUAAGAGAUUAACUUUUAUCCUGUGGCUAAAUUUCCAGUUUUCUCACUGUAAUUUUGUUAUAAACUUUGCGAGUAGCCACAUUUAUUAAAGCGAAUGCAAUUCUAUACUCCAGUUUUCCUCACCAGACAUGAGGAAUAGAUUUUUACAGUGUCAUAAUAUGGAAAAUAAAAUUCACUUUGUACCCUGCAGUAAGUUGGUGCCCAUUUUACCAGCAUCUGGAAUCAAUUAGUCAGCAUUUUACACAUGGUAUAAUUAUGACUCAAUGGAAAAAAAGGUAAAAUAUGUUCAUAUAUAGUUUAAAACCCCUGGUGACCACCUGACCUUUUGGAGAUUUUUUUUCUAAUCACACUACCCCUUUGGGACUACCUCAACCCUUCACCAAGUAAAGGCAUACAAAUUACCCAAAAUGAUUUAAUGUAUGUCAAGUAACCUCUAGUUCACAUUGGCAAAGAAAAUUGAUUGUCAUUUCAUUUGUUUUCCAAUUUAAUGAAUGGAUUAGUUUCUUGCAUUGUCGGGAGUGGUUUAUGUGAUUUGUCCGAAGAUGUGACAUUUUUUAUUGUCUAUUACUUUGAUAAAGUGCCAGUGACAUUUCCUCUUGAACCGCUAGAGUCUUUCAAAUGAGAAUACAUCUAUGGUGAUCUUAGAUAUGAAAUGAAAGGAUCAUGAAACAAUAGCAUUGAGAAAUAAGGGCAUACUUCAAAUUUAGAACUAUGUAUAAUGAGACAGGAACAUGGAGUUGAUGAUGGUCUCCCAAUCCUGGUAUUUGUGAUGGUCUCAGAGGUGAAAGGCAGGGGUUUGGGAACUGUUAUCUCCUGGCAAGCCCAUGGUUAGCACAAUGGUGUCAUAGAUUUACUCUUUUUGUUUUAAAAAUACAUUUGAGCUAUAUUUGUAGAAUUAUUUUAUUAAUUGCAGGUGGUAAACAUGUGCCAUCUUAGCCGCUGUAGAUAUACUCGAUAUUGAAGAGUUAGGGUGCUGUAACUCGCAGCGUGUGUAAAACAGUGCCCAGCAGGCUGUGCGUUGAAAACUGAGCACAGCGGGCCGCGAGGAGCAGAGCCAUUGUGACAUCAUCAGCUUGUUAACUUUAAAAAAGAUUUCAGAUUUGUGAACAAUUUUAAUAAAUAACUCACAAAAUAAUUAAUCGAAUUUUCAGAUAAGGCAAUUUUUGACAUAGGUAAAUAUGUAUCAGAAUAUUUUUGACAUGAGGUAAAUAUCUAUCGGAAUAUGUAAACAUUUCACCAUUAGCACGUCGUGUUUUCGAGGAGAUGUGAAUCACAGACAAACGGCACACAAAUAAAUAAACACACACACACACACACACACACACACACACACACACACACACACACAUCCAAGAACAGAAUUUUAAUAGUUAGAAGAUAAAAUACAUAUUUAGCAAUUUUACUUUUAAAUAUGUAUGAAAAGCAGGUAAGCUAUUUCUUGCUUAAGCAUCAGUUACUUUAAAACAAGUGGAGUGUAAUCGUGAUUUAAUCAGGAAUAUUGGCACGUCUCCAAGUUGGUACAUUUAGUGGCUAUGUAACAUUUGAUAUAGAUAGAUAUUUGAAGUUGGAUCAAGCCUUUGCAAUAUAUUGAGACUGCAAUACAUCUCCAUCUAAUCAUUAAUUCAUCUGAAAAAAACAAAACCUCUUAAAACUGCAGUCAUCUUUCUUGAUGCAAGAUACAACACCGACCACUGGAAUGUUUUCCAUUUGAUAUCCAUUGAAUUUGUUUUACCUCAAUACCAGAGUAAAUCAAAUGCUGCCUUGAUGUCAAGAGAAAUGUGUUGUAACUCAGAGCAGGAAUGCUACCACUGAGGAAAACACUCAGCCCAUGAUGUAAAUGUAUUGUGUGAACGAAUGCUCACUGAUCAUGUUGCCCAGCUACAUAUGAUGACAGCUUUAGAUCUUGGUUCACUCAUCCACUGAUAUCUGCUUCAAAUUUGAGAACACCUGCAGCUCAAAUAAGGGAUAUGAUCAGUGAAGACCUCAAAAUUUGCCUUUAGUUCCUUCAAAGCACACUGUGAAACAGACCAGUGGGGGUGGUUCUUUGCAAUGCGAACACGUUCACCCUGCACAUGCACUUGAACAGAUCAUUAUUAGGAUCUCGGGUGAGGAAUUGCCACCAGAUUUCUGCCUGUUCCUUUUUGCUUUCUUUCUUUUCAGUUCUGCCCACUUCCUGAGCACAACGAGACUCAGGAACUUCUGCUAUCAGGCUUCUGAACAGUUCUUCCAUAAACUAGGGAACUGUUCGAUUCACCUCUCAUCCAUUAAAGACAUUGGACUUUACAUAUGGAACUGAUGCGCUACGAUGCUGAGAACUAUAUUCUAAAUUGUAUUUUCUCCUUAUGUCUAUUUAUUUUACCUGUGUAUGAAAUGAUUGUAUCUAUGUAAACAUAGAAACAUAUAAAAUAGGUGCAAGGGUAGCCCAUUUAGCUCUUUGAGCCAUGAUCAAUAUGAUCACGUCUGAUCAUCCAAAACCAGUUCCCCGUUCCUGCAUUCUCCCCAUAUCCAUUGAUUCUGUUAGGUUUAUCUGAUCUAUUUGGAUAACAUGCAAAUCAAAGCUUUUCACUGUACCUUGGUACAUGGGACAACAAUAAAACGAUACCUAAACACUUUAGCCAUGGCAAAGCUUUAUGCAAGUUGAAUUAUCUUUCAAGGUUUUUGCAGUCAAGGAUUUCUUAAAUUAAUUCCACCUUUUCAUUUAAUUCUUCAAAAACAUUUAAAUUUUAUCUUUUUGCAAUUUUGUUCCCUGUAAUGAAAAUCCUACACAAUUUACUAAUAUUGGACCAAGAACUGCUAAGGUGUAAUAAAGUGCACGUCACUUGUCAUUUUUUUUUUUGUUCUAACCUUCCAAGAGUAAAUGUGCCUGAAAUUGCAUUGGAAGUUUCAUUUUUUUUUUUGCAGUAAAGUCCAGAGGCUGAUGCCUCAACCACUAUUUCUGAUUGCUUUAAAUUUACUCCAGAAAAUUGAGAGAUCUUUAUUUUGAUGGGGAGAGUUUUGGUUCUGCUGCGCACCAGCCCAAAAGUGAUACAUUUUGAAGUACUGUGUUAUUACUAUGCAUUCUCCAAUUCACUAAUUAAAAUGCUGCAAAAUGGAUAAUUAUAAAAGAUAAAAUUGCAAUCAGGGAUCAGGCUUUAAUAGCAGCAGGAUACAGCUUUUGAAAUAAAUGAAAACUAGAUUUGUUUAUCUUCUGAUAGAAGCAUUAAAUCUAUUGUGAUUCCUAACUGUAAAUAAUACAAAAGAUAGUAUAUUUUUAAAUGAUCCUAACAUUUUUAUUUAUCUCUGAAACUCUUACUUAAUUAUAUGAAUCCUUACACUAACGAGUGAUAUUUUAUCCGUUCAUUUCAUGCAUUCAACAAUAUGCGUCAAAUAAGCUAUUUGAAUUGAUAUUUAAGUGUAUUUGGUUUUGUACAAAAUGACGUGUAUAUUUUAAGCAAUAUAAACAUAUUGGCUGGUAAUUAAUUAUAAGAAUGUGAUAACUUUAUAAAUUAUUAUGCGCAAUAUUCUUUUGUUUUAACGGCCAAUCUGGCCUUGAAUAAAGAUCAUAAUUUUCUUAUUUUAUGCUGUAUCUACCACGCAUUCAUUAACAAUAUCAAGAUUAUUUUCUGGUUAAAAUGUUUUCUACUAUUCAACUUAAAAAUAUAAGUAUAUAAUGUAUAAAAAUAUAAUGGUCUUGCCAUUUCUUUUUCAGAAUGAAAACUGUUUGUUUUCAAAUAAAGGAAUUGCAUACA